GCUCAAGCUCCAGCGGCGUGCUCGGCCUUCUAGCGCUGGUGCUACUGGUGGCAGCUCUUCUCCUUCGGCCAUUGCCAUGGACAUGGACGACACCGACGACGAGAUGGAAGUCGACCCUGAGCACGUCCGCAUCAUGGUCGCCGAGCUCCUCGGAUCAGAGAUGGCCAAGUACCAGGCUGCACUCAACGCGCACAUUGAUGAGUGCGUCACGUCCACUGUCAAGACCGAAACUCCCACCAUGCAGCAGUUCCUGGCGUCCAACCUGGACGAAUGCUUCAGCAAGUGCAAAGCCGACCUCGACGCGUUGCCCUCGAAGUUGGAUGCCCAGAUCGUUGCCGCCGUCACUCCGAAGAUCGACGAGGUCAGACGUGAGCUCAACACCCGGUGUGACAGCCUCAAGAUGGAUAUCAUGGCGGUUGACACUCGUGUUGACCUACAGGACAAGCUCUUGCGUGAAAUGCAGGAGCAGAUCAAGCAGCUGCAGAGUGCCCUCGCGGUCGCCAACUCGACGACUCCCGCACCUCGACCUGCUGCUGGCUCGGACACCUUCACACGUGACACCGAUGAGACGAUCAUCCAAGUUUUUGCGGGCAAGCUUGUUGCCAAGUCCGCUGUCCAUGACGUGCUGGCGCCCUGGGUCGAGGAGUCUGGCGUCACCUCGGAGCAGUGGGAGCUCACGGCCACGGACCCCCUCUCGAAGUUCUUCACCAUCCAGCUCAAGGGUGCAGUCGGCCUGGCCGCGCGGCGGGUUCAGAAGUUGCUGGCCUCCUUGCGCGUCGGCAACACGUGGCGGGAGUUCAACGUGGAGGCGCAUGCUUGGGGACAGGCGAGGCUUCACCUGUCCCAGGACAAGAAUGCGAAGCAGAUCAAGACGGAGGUCAUUGACAGGAAGUUACGCAGCAAGUUCGUGGAGCUGUAUGGCGCCAGCCAGCGGGUCUUCUUCGAUCGGGAUCGAGGCUGGCUCUCGCUGAGAUGGGAUGCGUUGUGCAAGCUCGAGUGCUUGCCUGGCCGUGAGCCGACUCGCGUGCUGUGGAACCCUGGCACGAUCAGCAAGUACUCGGUGCCGAAGGACAGGCUCGUCGAUGCGGUCAAGGAUAUCAUCGAACCCGGGCGAGGGCCUGAGUGGUGCCUUUAGCCGUUUCGCUGCGCUGAUUGGCCGCUCGUCUGUCCAGUUUUUGUGUGAUGCCACUGCAGCCAGUGGCCUGCGUUUUGUCUUGUGGAACCCACGAGCACUUCUCCAAUUUGAAGGUGCCCACGCUGGUGUGACAUUGGGGUACCUCCAGAGGCUCCGACUGGGCUCGUCAGUCACCGCCCUCCAGGAGGCCCACCAGUGCGAGGCCCAACUAGCUACCUUCCUGCGUCGUGCGUUGCCUGAGGCUGUUAUUUGUUCGAGCUUCUGCGGUGCCGACCGUGCGGGGGGGAUCCGCGGCGGUGUCGCCACUGUCGUUCCUGAUAUUUUAGUGCGAGGCGCCUACUCGCCGACGCUGCCUGCUGGCGUCACCUCUUCCCUGAGUGUGCUCGUUCCUGGUCGUGUCAUCCGUGCCGGCCUGCAAAAUCAGGACACCACCUUAAUUCAUUACAG